AUGAAUUGCAUAGAGGAUGAAACCAGAAUUGUACGACCUAUUCGAUGCCGUCGUGUUCUUCGAAAUAUUGCUCUUCUCUGGUUGGAUCCGAAUAUGAAUGUAGAUAACGAUGAAUAUAAAUAUUUACUCACACAAACAUCAAAAAUAAUAGAUACCGUCGAGCUACACAACGAUUCUGACCAAUGCAUCGAUUUUUGCACAGAUUUACAACAUACCAAAGUAUUCAUCAUACUACAAUAUCCACUCGCACAACAGCUCAUCCCUCUCGUUCACGACAUACCUCAAAUCUAUUCCAUUUAUGUUCUCUGCAAUGAUACUAUACCACCUUCUCAACAACUCAACGACGUUACACCUAAAUUGAAAGGAUAUUUUCGUACCAUUGCUAACAUCUGUCAAUCGAUCAAUCAAAAAACAAAACAAUAUGAUCAUGACUCAGUUCCAAUCAGUGUCAUCUCACCCGCCGACUGUUCAAAAUACGAUCUCAAUGAACUGGAGCCAUUAUUCAUGUAUUCUCGAUUGCUCAAACAAAUCUUGUUCGAUAUCGAUCGUCAUCUACACACAAAAGAACGAUUUGUUCAGUUUCUGCGUGAGCAAUAUCAAACUGAGCCAGUCCAACUAAGCAUUGUUGACGAAUUCGAACAAAACUAUAAGCCUGACUCAGCGAUUCGGUGGUACACAAGAGGCUGUUUUCUUUUCCAAAUGCUCAAUCAAGCUCUUCGACUCAUGGACAGUAAAAUCAUCAUCAAAAUGAGCUUCUUUUUGUACGAUCUGCAUCAACAACUCAACGAACUCUAUACAUUUCAGUCUGCAGUUUGGAGUCCUGGAGUGUUAUAUCGAGGACAGGGCGUCGUGAAAAGUGAGUUCGAGAAUAUUCGUAAAAGUGUGGGUGGUCUGUUGUCGUUCAAUGCAUUUACGUCAACGAGUGUAGAAAGAGAAACAGCUCUCACGUUCUGUCCGAUACCUCCACAGGAUCCGGAUACAGUUCCUGUGCUGUUCGUAAUGAAGAUUAAUCAAGCGGUGAAGUCGACGCCGUUUGCUCUGGUGAGCAGUAUGAGUUACUAUGAGGAUUCCGAGGGUGAAGUGUUGUUUUCGAUGCACAGUGUGUUUCGAAUUGAAAGUAUGGAGCAGGUGGACGAUGUUCUUUGGCGAGUGAAACUCGUGUUAACGAAUGACGAAGAUCGCGACCUGCAAGUACUCGGAGAACAGCUCGAAAAAGAGACAGCAGGAAGUACAGGAUGGAGUCGGUUGGGACAACUGCUCAUCCAAGUGGGACAUUUCAGUGAAGCUAAGGAAGUGUAUUUAACGUUGAUGGGCUCACUAUCGAGCGAUAAUUAUGAAGGAUUGGCGAAUUGCUACCAUCAGUUGGGUAUGAUAUCAAAUGGUACAGGUAAUUAUACGGAAGCUCUUAAUCUCUAUCAGGAAGCAGUUGAAUUGCACCUUAAAACGUUUUCGGAAGGUGAUAUUGCUUUGGCUUCUAGUUACAGCAAUAUUGGUGGAGUGUUUUAUAAACUUGGAGACUAUUAUAAAGCUCUCUCGAUGUACGAGAAGACUUCAGAAAUUUAUCACAGAACUCUUCCUCCCGAUGAGCCUGCAUUGGGAACACUCUAUAACAAUAUCGGUACAGUGUAUAAUUCAUUGGAGGAUAAUUCAAAAGCUUUGGAAUUUUAUGAAAAGUCAUUGAAGAUCAGACAAAAAGUUUUACCAUCAAAUCAUCCAAGUCUAGCUGUGAUCCAUCGAAAUAUUGCUAUCAUAUAUGAAAAAGCAGGAAAACUUACAAACGCAUUAGAAUUUUACCAGAAAACGCUAGCAAUUCAAGAAAAAUCGCUUCUGCCAAACCAUCACGAACGUUUUGCAACUUACAAUAAUAUCGCUACGCUCUUCGACACUAUGGGGAACUACAGUGAAGCACUGAAGUACUACGAAAAAGCUCGUGAUAUCUGUUACAAAGUAUAUCCCAACCAUAAUCAUCCUGAUUUAGCAAGUGUCUACGGGAACAUGGGAGCGGCUUACGAUCGAUUACGUGAAUAUUCGAAAGCGCUGGAAUUUUUUGAGAAAUCUCUUGCAAUUCGUCAGCGAUUACUUCCUCACGAUCAUCCUAGUUUUGCACAAACGUACAAUAACAUGGGCUCGGCCUAUGACAACAUCGGCGAGUAUACGAAAGCGUUAGAAUAUUAUCAAAAAGCUUUCGAAAUUUACAAGAAAACUCUUCCAUCGAAUCAUCCGGAAUUGGCUAUUAGUCUCAACAACAUUGGAUCUAUGUAUGAUAUAAUGGACGAUUAUCCAAAAGCAUUAGAGUGCUAUUAUCAAGCUUUAGAUAUCAAGAAAGAAACGUUACCUUCACAUCAUCCAAGUAUCGGUAGUACAUACAGCAACAUUGGAACUAUUCAUGAAAGAACAGGUAAUUAUUCGAAAGCUUUAGAAUACUAUGAAAAAGCGUUGGAUGUGUAUAAGCAAUCUCUUCCAUCGAAUCAUCCUGAUUUGGCUGUUCUGUACAACAAUCUUGGCGAUUUAUACGAUAACAUGAAAAACUUUUCAAAAGCGCUAGAAUUCUAUGAGAAAUAUCUCGAAAUCAGUCGAACUGUCCUUCCCGCCAAUCAUCCUGAUUUAGCAACAAAACUAAACACUAUUGGUUCUUUACUUACCGAUAUAGGAGAAUAUUCAAAAGCGUUACCUUUCUACCAAGAAGCAUUGGAUACUGCAAGAAAGUCAUUACCGCCCGAUCAUCCUGAUUUGCAAGAAUACGAAGAAAAUCUACGGAUCCUUGAAGAUAUUUUAAAGGUCUAUAUUUAG